AUGGAUUCCGCGGCGCAAACAAAAUUCGAUCUAAUCAACUCGAACCUCGCAGAAUUUCUAAACCCAGAGAUAAUCCAGGACAUUCUGAAGGAAGGACGCGCUCCUAGGAUCUAUUGGGGUACAGCGACAACCGGUCGCCCUCAUAUUGGUUACUUUGUGCCAGCGCUGAAGAUUGCCCAGCUGCUACUUGCAGACUGUGAUGUCGUUAUUCUCCUGGCCGAUGUCCACGCCUUCCUCGACAACUUAAAGGCGCCACUCGAGCUUGUGGAGAAUCGCGCGAUUUAUUACCGAAACGUUAUCACCGCUAUCCUUCAGGCCGUCGGGGUUCCCAUUGAAAAGCUCACCUUCGUGCUCGGCAGCUCGUACCAGAAGAGUCCCGAGUAUGUAUUCGAUGUGUACAAAUUGUCUUCUCUGAUCUCCGAAGGUCAGGCUAAGAAGGCAGGGGCAGAAGUGGUAAAGCAGACAAUGAAUGCUCCGUUGAGUGGACUAUUGUACCCAGUUCUCCAGGUUCUGGAUGAACAACAUUUGAAUUGUGAUGCUCAGCUUGGAGGAGUAGAUCAGAGGAAGCUCUUUACCGCUGCGACAGAGUGGCUCCCCAAACUUGGAUACCGUGUUCGCGCGCAUCUUCUAAACCCUAUGAUGGCCUCAUUAUCCUCCGGCAAGAUGAGCUCUAGUGAUAACCCAGAUAGUAAAAUCGACCUGCUCGACCCUGCCGAGGCCAUCUCAAAGAAAAUUCGGAAGGCAGAGUGUAUCCCUAAGGUCGUCGAAGACAACGGUGUGAUUUCGUUGGUCGAACACAUUCUAUUGCCCGCAGCGGUCCUCAAGGGCCAUGGAGAAUUCCGCGUCGAGCGUAAGGACGCUGAACCUCUGGUCUUUACCGAUAUGAAGCAGCUGCAAGACGCUUACAGAGCUGAUAUUUUGACUCCACAACUGCUUAAGCCUGCUGUCUCGGCCGGUAUGGUCGACCUUAUGGCCCCUAUCCAGGCGGCCUACGCAGCCUCCGCUGAAUGGCAGGAGGUUACAUUGAAGGCUUACCCGCCACCAGUUGUGCACAAGAAGGUAAAGAAGGUUAAGGACAGAGGUUCUCGCUUCCCGGGCGCCAAGCAAGAGACAGCAGCCCAGCCUUCGGAGCAAGAGGCCGCCCAACCUUCAGAGCAAUUGGCUUUUCGCGCAAAAUAA